AUGUCCAUGAAAGGAUACUUUUCAGCUCAUCAUGAUAGAAGAAACAAUGUUUCGGGGAAUGGCUCAAUGUUUAAAUUAACCCUAGCAGUUGCAUCAAUAGUGUUGAUAAUAUGUUCAGGGUUUAUUUCAGCACAACAUCAAAACAACAAACAAUUAGCCAAAUGCCACAGACAAUUAGCAAAGAAUAUAAUAUUUGAUAGGGUGGUUUCGUUAUAUAGGAAUGAGAACAACUCUGACAAGAUAACAGAAUUGUUAGAGCUUCAAAUUGCGAGUGUAAAUAAGGAAUGCUUUGGAAUACCAUUAAUGUUUAACCCUAGUGACCUCAAAGCAUACAAGGUCAGAUUUAGUACUGAAGUUGAAGAAUUGAAAAAGAGAGAAACACUGGAGAAUGCAAUCAAAGAAUUAGAAGCAGUGCCUCACUGCUCCGAUAUAAUUGUUGAAAUGAUAAUAGCAAAACAAGUUGUUUCAUUCGUCGAGAAUAGACUCCAAACGAAGGAUUCAAAAGUGAGAAAUAGUCUUAAGGAAACUCUGGACAAAUGUGGACAAUUAUCGGUCGAUAUAUUUAAAAAAUUGGAUAGUGGUCUUAAUAAGGAAUCCAAAUUGGAAUUGACUGAACUCUUUGAAGUUCAAACAAUACAUUCCUCACUCGUUACAGUGGAGCAACCAAGAGCAGGUCAAGUUGCACUGGCUCAAAUGUUUUCCGCUCAAACUCCAGUAGUUUUGAGUUUGACAUCGGCUGUUUCCAUACUCUUACUUGCAAUUUGCUCCAUCCUGUUGUGCCUAUCUAAGAGAUCUUUAAAAAACCUGAGAGGAGAAAUAGACCACCUCAUUGAAGAUAAGAAGGAAACUGUUAAAAAGUUUGAGGAGAAGGAAGUAAAACUGUUGGAUGACAUUAAAAAUUUAUCAAACUCUCUCGAUGAGAAGGAGAAACAAGUUUCUGAUGUUAGAGCAGGCUUGGAAAAAACACUUGAGGCAGAACGAAUCAAAAUUUCAGAUCUUGAACAUGAAAUUUCCAACUCUAAGGAAGGUUCAACAGAGGAAAAGAAGAAAUUACUCUCUCAAUUGAAAGAAAAAGAAGGCAUUGUCAUGCAACUUGAGGAGGCUCUUGAGCAAGUUCUGAAUUUGAGACAGGAAAUAGAAGAAGAAAAAUUGGCUUUGCAAAAAAAAUCAGAAUUGCUCGACAACAGUCUCAAAAUUACAGCUGAGGAGUUGGAAGAAAUGAAUGAGCAAUAUGAUAGAGUGAGUAAUGAACUUUCAAAGAAAAUGUUCGAUAUUGAUCUCUUGCAGCAGAAGAAUAUAGGAUUACAAAAGUCAUUAGUGGAAGGUCAAGACGAAUGUAAAAAGGUAAAAAGUGUACUCGACACCAUUUCUGAUAAGGUUCUUGCUCUCAACAAGGAAAAGGAGAGUAUUGAGGAAGAUCUCAGAUAUCUCCAAAUGGAAAAGCAAGCUUGGCAAGAGGAGAAGAUGAAACUAACAACUCAAGUCGAAUUGUUGCAAAACAGAAGCUCAUUUGGUGAGGGGUCAAUUGUCAAGGAGAGGUAUAGACUCGUUUCUCUCAUGCAACAAAUUGAAAAGGCCAUAUUUCUCCUCGAAAAGUCUCUCCUAGUAACUUUGGGUGGGAUCUAUUUCGAGAGAGACUCUGAAGUUCUCACCAAAAUUCUAGAACUGAAAACAUUUGUUAAAGAGGUCAUUCAGAGAGCAGAGAGGAGCGCCAAUAAGCAUAAUCAAGCUAAUGAUGUCACUCUCCCAAGUUUUGAUGCUCAAUCGCCCAGAAGAUCAAUGAAUAAUUCUUUGGAUGAGAGUUUUGAUAAAAUCUCCCCAAUUAGAUCACCAACUACACCUAGGAAAACAGUUAACUCACCAAGAAUAAAAUAA